AUGGAGGCAGAGAAGCGAAUGAUUUCUCCAUCCUCACAAAGAAAGAGAAAGAGAAGAAGAAUAAGAAGAAUACUAAGAAAAAGAAAGAGACGAAACGAGAAGCGAGUGAUUGCUCCAUCAUCACUACCAAACGACGUCAUCGAGGAAAUCUUCUUGCGACUUCCAGUGAAAGCCCUAAUCCGCCUCAAGUCUCUCUCAAAACAUUGGAGAUGGACGAUCGAGUCUCGCUCUUUCGAAGAGAGACAGUUGAAGAUCGCGCAGAGAUCACACGUCGUAAAUCCCAAGGUCAUGGUCAUAACCGAAGAAGAUCCCUUGGAAACGAUUCCUGGGAGUCCUCGUCCCGACACAGACAUUGGUUUUAGAACGCUCUGCUUAGAAUCGGCUUCUCAUCUAUCCUUUACUCUUCUCAAUUUUCCCCAAGGGGUUUUCCACUAUAUCUACGUUUCUGAAAGCUGUGAUGGCCUUUUCUGUAUCCAUUCCCCAAAAUCGCACUCGGUAUAUGUAGUUAAUCCGGCUACACAGUGGCUCCGACAACUUCCUCCCGCUAGGUUUCAGAUUCUAAUGCACAAGUUUAACCCCACUCUAGAAGACUGGAGAGACAUGGAAUCAGUCUUUCAGCUAGCAUUCGUGAAGGCCGCUGAUUACAAAUUAGUGUGGCUGUAUAAUUCUGAUAAGUACAAUGCUGAUGCCUCGAGUCCAAACGAGGGAGUAACCAAGUGCGAGGUUUUUUGCUUUAGGGCAAACGCUUGGAGGUCCUUGGCUUGCACUCCAAGUUAUCGUAUAUUUCAUAAUCAGAAGCCAGCAUAUGUAAACGGGUCGGUUUAUUGGCUCACGGAGCCAUGUAAUGCAAGAAUUGAAGUAGUGGCUUUUGAUAUUCAUACCGAAAUAUUCCGGUUGCUGCCUAAGAUUAUUCCGGCUAUUGCUGGUUCAGAUCCUCAACAUAUUGACAUGUGCGCUCUGGAUAAUCGUCUAUGCAUAUCGAAAAAGGACUAUGUUAGGAUGGUCCAAGAUAUUUGGCGGUUGAAAACAUCAGAAGACACGUGGGAGAAUAUCUUGACUAUAGAUUUGAUUUCUUGUUCUUCUUCUGGGGCUGAGGUUCUCAAUAGAUUUGAUUGGUGCGUCCAAGGUUUGGUUGAGCCAUUGACACCCGUGGCAGUAUGCAAGAACAAUAAGAUUCUGCUCUCACAUUGCCGUUCCCGAGGUUUGGUAAAAUAUGAUCCCUUUGCAAAGUCUCUAGAUUCUUUUUCGGACAUCCUUGGUCUAGGAGAAAAAUUACGUAUUUUCCAAGUUUGA